GAGCAGGAAGAGAUAUGCUGGAGAGAGAGAGAGAGAGAGAGAGAGAGAGAGAGAGAGAGAGAGAGAGAGAGAGAGGAAGUCCCAGUAUCCCUCUAUCCAUCAUUCCAUCUAUCUUACUCUCCAUCCGGUAGCGUAUUCGUGUCCCAGAGCUCCAUGAAUUUGGUUUGGAUCCACCGGGAUGUGAGGUCAGCAGAAAGGAGCCAUUCAGGAAAAAGGACAGCAGCAGAAAAACCUGGAGUCUCUUGGGAAUAUGGAAAUGUGUGUGUCCUUCUUGGGAAUACUGCAUGAUAACAAGGACUGAACUCGUGUGAAGACAGAAGUUUUAGAGUCUUUUAACGCUCUCCUUUUUUUGCCCGGCAUCCUGUAGAUCCAAGAGAGGGAGCAUGGAGGAGAGAAGUGGAUGAUGGGAGGUGUAGGAAUAGGAUUAAGAGGUGUAGGAAUAUGGCGAGACUCCGUUGUGACUCCUGGUGUGCAGAAGUGACCUUUGACACCGGAGAAACAAGCUUUCUAGACUCUGUUGUAUGCCGGGGAAACCAGCUGAGCUGACAUCAAAUCAUCAAUCAGACACUUUUUAUUUGUUAUUAGUCAUAUCUGAACUUUCUUUUCAGACCCACACGUCUCAAACGGAAUGGUUUUAAAGCUCUCAACCACAUGACAUAGGAAAGCAGCUCAAGGACUGUGGCUUCUCACUGUCAUUCUUUGAAAGUUUUACAAUCUGUGACUGCUUGUAGGAUGACAUAUUUUCUCUGUAGUUGGAUGUUGCGUCUGAGCUUUCUAGAUCCUUUGCAUUUCCAGAGCAGGCCUCAGACUGUCACAGACUCUCCACAUGUCACUAUGGAUUCCUGUGUAUUUUAGACUGCUCAGUCACAAAGUCUGCCUCUCUUCAACUCUCUGGAGAGUUUCAAGAUUUGAGCUAUACGCAUGUCUUUGAGAAAUCUGUGGAUUGGAUCUUUACAUUUUUGUUACAAUUACUUUACCAGUGUGCAACAAUUGCUGGACUGAUGCAGAUCGUAGCAGCUGCAGGGAUGAACCGCUGGAGCUGGGGAAAUGCUGGGAAUGCUAGUAAAUCAGACAGAAGUGGGCCGCACAGAGGGAGGCUGAUGAUGCUGCUGUGGAUUAUCCUCUCCAGCUCGCUGUGCCUGAUGGUCGACGGACAGAUGAAGAUCCCACCAGAAACGGUGCAGCAGUGGGCUGUGUCUUUUGGCAAAGACAUAGCUGCUCUGUCUGGCAGAUACUCUGGAGCUAAACUGCUACAGAAGAAAUACAAGGAUAUCGAGGGAGUGGUGAAGAUAGAGGAGGUGGAUGGAGAGGAGUUAGUAAAAAAGUUUGCUGAGGAGAUGGAGGAGAUGCUUGGGAGGAAGAUGAAAUCAGUGAAGAGGUUGGCAGAAGCGGCAGAGGAUGCUGACCUUUACCACGAAUACAAUGAAACAAUGGAGUUUGACUACUAUAACUCCUUGCUGAUCAACACGGUGGAUGAGGACGGGAAUCCAGUGCCACUGGGAGGAGAAUUUCCUCUGGAAGAAAAUGAACACUUUAAUAAACUGCCAGUCAACACACAACAGAGUAACAUACAAGUCCCUACUAAUGUCUACAACAGAGACCCAGAUAUACUUAAUGGAGCCUACAUGUCUGAGGCUCUGAAUGAAGUGUUCAUUGAUAACUUCCAGAAAGAUCCAACUCUCACCUGGCAGUACUUUGGCAGCUCUACGGGCUUCUUCAGGCUCUACCCAGGGAUCCAGUGGAUUCCAGAUGAAAAUGGUGUGGUCACCUUUGAUUGCAGAAACAGAAACUGGUACAUCCAGGCAGCCACUUCUCCUAAAGAUGUGGUAAUCGUGGUGGAUGUCAGUGGCAGUAUGAAGGGACUCAGACUGACCAUAGCCAAACACACAAUAAAUACAAUCCUGGACACACUGGGAGAAAAUGAUUUUGUAAACAUCAUAGCUUACAGUGACUAUGUUCGUUACGUAGAGCCCUGCUUCAAGGGCAUGCUGGUUCAAGCUGAUCUGGAUAACAGAGAGCAUUUCAAGCUUUUGGUUGAGGAGCUUCAUGUCAAAGGAGAGGGCAAAGUGAAAAAUGCGAUGAAGGAGUCUUUCAAGAUUCUCAAUGAGGCUGCAGCGCUGGGCCAGGGCAGCCUGUGUAACCAGGCCAUCAUGCUGAUAACAGACGGAGCCAUGGAAGACUUCCAGGAUGUUUUUGAAGAGUUCAACUGGCCAGAACGACGGGUUCGUGUGUUCACCUAUCUGAUUGGACGAGAGAUGACAUUUGCUGAAAAUGUUAAAUGGAUUGCCUGCAACAACAAGGGGUACUACACACAUGUCUCCACACUGGCUGAUGUCCAGGAAAACGUUAUGGAAUACCUCCAUGUUCUCAGCCGGCCAAUGGUGAUCAAUCAUGAUCAUGACAUCAUCUGGACAGAGGCCUAUAUGGACAGUGUGCUCCCAAGUACACAAGAGCUGUUCAACACUCAGGCCCAAAGCCUACUCCUGAUGACCUCGGUAGCAAUGCCUGUGUUCAGCAAGAAGGAAGAGACCUUGUCUCAUGGGAUUCUGCUGGGAGUGGUAGGAACAGAUGUGCCCUUGAGAGAACUGAUGAGAUUAGCUCCAAGAUACAAGCUGGGUAUCCAUGGCUACGCCUACCUCAUCACCAACAACGGCUACAUCCUGUCUCACCCGGACCUACGACCUCUGUACAAGGAGGGGAAAAAGCUAAAGCCAAAACCCAACUAUAACAGUGUUGAUCUGUCAGAGGUGGAGUGGGAAGACACUGAGGAGAAACUGAGGACAGCCAUGGUUAAAGGAGAAACCGGAACUUUGUCUUUAGACGUGAGAACUUCAGUGGAUAAAGGAAGGAGAGUGAUGUUCCUGAAGAAUGAUUACUUCUACACCAUCAUCAAUGAGACACCAUUCAGUCUGGGUAUAGUGUUGACUAGAGGAUAUGGACGAUAUAUUUUCAUCGGAAACGUCUCCGUUGAGGAGGGUCUCCAUGACCUAUUGGCUCCAGAUUUGACCAUAGCUAACGAAUGGACCUACUGCGAGACAGACAUUGACCCUGCCCAUCGUAAGCUGAGCCAACUGCAGGCUGUGAUGCUAUACCUCACUGGAAAAGAACCACAUCUUGAGUGUGAUGGGCUGUUAUUGCAACAAACUCUGUUUGAUGCUGUGGUCACGGCUCCUAUGGAAGCCUACUGGACCGCCCUCAUGCUCAACACAUCUGGUAUGGACGAGGGGGUAGAAACAGCAUUCUUGGGGACCCGUUCAGGCCUGACUAGAUUCCAGAGAUACACUGGUAUUGAGAAAAGAAUUGCCAAGUCUUUCCUGACCUCCACAGACAAGGAGAAUAUGUUCACUUUGGACCAUUUCCCAGUGUGGUAUCGCAGAGCAGCUGAGUACCCAGCUGGACAGUUUCUAUACUACAUGCCCAGACAGGAGACUAGAGAUAUAUUCAGGGACUAUGAGGCUGACUAUAGCGCCACCUUCAGUGCAGAGGAGGUGGAACUCCAAGCGGAGGAGGGAGGGAGGAAACGGAGGGAGGCGGAUGAGGAGGAGGAGGCAGGGAGGAUAGUGAUUGCUGCCACUGCUGUCACUGUUACGGUGGGCAAGAAAACUGCCAUUGCUGGAGCCAUUGGAGUUCAGAUGACUCUGGAGAUGAUGGAGUCCAGAUUCUGGGCCAUUGCAGCACAGCCAAAUGACACAGAUUGCUCUAAUGUAGAGGGGAGUUGUCCGCUUCGUUGUGAAAACAUGGAUAUCAACUGUUACGUGAUUGACAAUCAUGGCUUUGUCAUAAUUUCCGAACAGCGCAAGGAUGCGGGAAGAUUCUUUGGCGAGACUGACGGAUCAGUGAUGACCACACUAAUCAGAAUGGGCAUGUUCAAAAGGGUGUCCUUGUUCGACUACCAGGCCAUGUGUAAGAUGAACUUGCACUCUGUCAGCAGCGCCCGUCCACUUCUCAGUCCAUUCUAUGGUUUGGCUUCAGCCCUCAAGUGGUUCCUCUCCAACUUCCUAUUGUUUCUACUGGAGUUUAAUAUCUGUGGCUUCUGGCACACGGAGCAUUUCGCCGACGCCAAGCCAUCUUUCAGCGUGUCCUCAGCUCAUAAGAAAAAAGGGGACAUCCUGCAGCCGUGCGACACCGAGUACCCCAGCUUCAUCUACGAGCCGUCAGUCAAAGAGACCAACAGCUUUAUUAAGUGUGGACGCUGCCAAAAGAUGUUUGUGGUGCAACAGAUACCAGACAGCAACCUGUUGAUGUUGGUGGUGCAGGCAGACUGUGACUGCUCCAGACACUACCCGCCCAUCACCAUGGAGCCCAAAGAAGUCAAAUAUAAUGCUUCAGUGAAGUGCGACAGGAUGAGGUCCCAGAAGAUCCGCCGACGCCCAGAGUCUUGCCAUGCCUACCAUCCCCAGGAGAAUGCCAAUGACUGUGGAGGAGCUUCUGUUAUAUCUCUCUCUGCCUCUCUCUUCCUCACCUGUCUCUCCUUCUCUGCACUUGUUUCCUGAUGAUGGACAACUUGGCUGUUUCACCCAUUCUCGUAUAAAGGAGGAGAUUGAAGUGAAUCAAGAGAUGUGUUUGGAUACUGGACACCUCAAGUGGAUUCUUUUUUUUAAAUGUACCUAAUUCUGCACAUUUGGCUCAUUACAAACACAAACCUAGCCUCUAAUGACGGACCUUUGAUGUGGUUUUUGAGCAUUUGGUUAACUGGAAAACUGGAAAUUAUUUCAUAUGAACUGAAAGCUGCAAAGAAAGCAAGUUAAUGGGCUGUUGUUGCCAUGGAUACUUUCCCAUUUGUUACUUUCUCAUACACCACUUUGCAUUUCAAAAUGAAAAGGGACUAAAGAGAUGCAGGUGGUAGCUAUGACGUGCAUUGAUAAAAAAGGGGAUUAUGAGUCACAAGAUGCAGCAUAAAGUCCAGGGGGAAAAAUAUGUCUCUUGUUUCCUUUCUCCCACUGAACUGAAUAUUGCAGACACACAUGCAUAUUAUAUAUGCAGCUGCAAGCAUGCACACCUCGAAUACUUCAUCAUCCUGAAUGCUUCAUCUACAGACUACAGGCUUUUUUAAACAUUGAAUGAGAGGAGGGAGAGAAGGGCUACAGCAAUAUAUGGUAAACAUUGUGUAACAUCAGUGUUGCUGCUCAUGUUGUGUUUUACAAGGUUGUUUUUUUAGUUUAUCUGAAUCUUCUGCAAAUGUCUUCAAAGUGUGAUGGCUCAGUGCCAAGAAAGUAAUCGCAAUGGAGUCACAUGAAUAUAAAAAUGUAAUAAAGAUAAUCAAAAAAUCUGAAUCUGAGUUCCUUCAGGAUCUCUUUUUUUGUUGAGUUUUUACUUUGAUUACAUCCCAAAAAUAUUUGUUUCUGUGACAUCUUUUUAAAAUGUCUGCCUUUCUGUCUUUAUCAGCUGUGUCUUUCUGUGUGUUGGUGCAUACUUAAUGUAAAUAAGUCUGUCUAUUUGGCCAGACAACUGGAACUGUCUCUAGGUGUAGAUCUACAAUCGGCAUGGAUGACAUGAUCAUGGAUUCAAAGUGUCUUUAGAUAUGAUUUUUUUAAUAUGGUUUCAACACAAGUCUAGUUUAUAAUGUAUACCACAGAAAAGAUGCAGUUGUACCUUAGCAAAUAUGUUCUGAAAUUAAAAUUAAAAGUUUUUUUUAAGGUGGCGACGGAUGCUUUACUUAGCCCCCAAGGUCAUGUAACUGCUACUUAUUACUUGGCCUACAUAACAAUAUAAUUUUAUGAGAAAAGCAAAAAAAAGUGCUCACUCAAGAUUGUCAUGUGAAAACUGAGUUCAAUUCUCAUUGUGUAAUAGCCUGAUUUUGGAAGCGUCAUAUAUAUAUAUAUAAAUUGCAAUGUAAAUUAACAGUGUAAAUCUAAUUGCAUAGGGUAUUUUUGUAUGUGUUUCAUAUUCUGGACUUAACCAUUUCAUUGUAUUUUAGGCUGUGAGUGUCCCCCGUAGCUUUUUCUAUGGUAUUUCUGAAUCACCUUACAAAGCAUGUCUUUGAGUUGAGCUUAUACUCUGAUGACAAAAUUGCCUGAGAAUUUGCCUGUUUAUGUCAUAGACUCAGAUACAUCUUGUGUGUGGCCGUGCAUCAUUACAGUACGGUCUGUCAUCUGUCUCAUUUUUGUUUGUAAUUUCCACUAUACAAUAUUCUGUAUAUUGUAUGAUUGACAUGUGUCCACGUUGUAUGUCGGUUGACUGAAGCCAUGAUUUGUACAAAGCAAAUUAAAUUAUCCAUAUGGUUUUUGUACUGUU